AUGAGUCAAUCAUCACCACCACCACCACCACUACUACCACCAUAUUCCAUUCCUUGUGAAAAGCUCCCUCUUUACGAGCCUUCUAUAAAUUUCCAAGGUUUAGCACUACUCAAAACAGAGUUUUUGACCCCCUAUCAUUAUAACAAUGGUAAAAGAUCAUGGAAACCGGUAAUUCUCUAUAUGAACUCGACUCAGUUGAAAAUCUAUAGUCUAAAAGCAAACAAACAGUUACAUGAUUUAAUUGUUAACCUAUAUUUUGAGAUCAAUAGUCUAAAUCAACUAACAAUUGAUAUUAAUACCGAGUAUAAAAAGAAGAAUAAUAAUAAUAACAAGGCCAAAUUCAAUUUUGCCAACAACAGUUAUAUGGAUGGCAGUGGCAGCGGCAGUGGCAGCGGCAGUGGCAUAGAUAACAUGGAAAAUGAUGUAUUUUCAGGAGAUGCAUACGGUGGAUGUGACUUUGAUACCUCCAAAUCCAUCUUUAAAGAGUCGAAAUUUCAAAAAUUAAAAGAAAAGAUUAAAUCACAAAAGACUGAAAAGAUCAUGUCCCAUAUAAAGGACUAUUAUCACCAAUUAAAGGAUAACAAACUACUUUUCGAGCCGGCAGUCACAAGUGAUGGUACUGAUGAGCAAUAUGCUACAUUUAACAAGUAUAAAGGAUUGUUGAUCCACAGCUAUUCAUUAUCGCAUUUACAAGUUGGCGAGGCACCUUCGUUGAACCAGCUUAUUUCGGCAAUGUAUAAAGAAGACCAAUCAGCUUCAUUUGCCUUGCAAAACGUUUCGUCACUUGUAAAGUAUAAAAACACGCUAAGGUUGAGAAUAGAAUAUAAACAGAUUCUUUUGCAGUUUUGGUCGUUUCAUGCAAUGAUUAGUUGGUUUAGAAACUUGAUGAUUGGCAGAGAUUUGAGUAUACCAUUAGAAUCUAGAACAAUAACUAGAUUGAAAUCUAUUCCGAGUCGAUAUAGUAGUCGAAACAAUGCGCUUUUAGCAGCAACAGCAGCUGCGGCAAGUUUUGGUCGAGAUGGAAGCAAUAUUCAAACAGAUACAAUAGACGAAAACGAACAAGUUGCAAUGUUUACAAGUCAUCUGUUGAUGACCAGCAAAGAUGAUAGCAGCAGUACUGUUAGUAGCAAUACUGGAUUAGUAUUAUCAGACGGUGAAAAUAGCUCGAUAUUUGACAAUGAAUCUCAACGAAGAAGUUCAAUUGCAUCAACCACUUUUUCAGACACAACCAUUGGAACCAAAACUUUAGAUACCAUUACAAUUAAGAAUUUCCAGUUCAAAUCAAACGAGCAUAUUUUCAACACUGUGGAAAAACAAUAUAUUUCCAAUUGCAUACCCGAUUUAAACUCGUUUGAUAAAUGGAAUGGCAAAUUGGUCACAAUCAGUAAUAGUGACAGUUUUGUAAAAGAUGUCAGAACUUUUAAGAAUAGAAACGACGUAUUUAUAAGCUAUCUGGUGUUUAGCGAUUAUGUCACCAUCUUUGAUAAAAAAUUUCCUCAUCAAGAAAACUUGUCAAAGCAUAACAAUAAAAUAUGCGCAACAAGGACAUUUCUAAUUCACCAGGACGGAUUGGUGGGGAUAUGA